AUGGCUGCGGAUAUAUUAGAUGCAGCUUUCGGGUACGAGGAACCCACGAUCACAACUCUCCUUAACCAGACAGGAUUUCUGUUGAUUUUAAAUAUCAUCAAUGUCUGUCUGGAUAAGCUUCUAUACUGCGGCUUGGUCGGUCAAUUGUUUGUUGGUAUUCUCUGGGGUACGCCUGGAGCAAAAUGGCUCAGUCGGGACACAGAGACUGUUAUCCAACAACUAGGCUAUAUCGGCUUAAUCAUGCUAGUAUAUGAAGGGGGACUAUCAACAUCUAUCAAAUCCAUGAAAGCAAACCUUCUGGUUUCACUCAGUGUGGCCUUGACAGGAAUUGGAGCUCCAAUAGGCUUAUCUUUCAGCCUUAUGAAGCUGAUUUCCGCAACUCCCCUUCAAGCCUUUGCUGCCGGUGCAGCUUUGAGCGCUACCAGUCUCGGAACCACAUUCACUAUUUUAUCAACCACAAAGCUGAUUGAUACUCGCCUCGGCACUGUUACGACAAGUGCCGCGAUGUUAGAUGACGUCGUUGGUCUCAUCAUGGUGCAAAUAAUCUCAAAUCUCGGUGGUGAUGCCUCGUCUUUUACUGCAGUCACUGUGAUAAGGCCCUUACUCGUCUCUGUUGGUUUUGCUGUGGGGCUGUUUAUUCUAUGCAAUUUCUGCUUAGAGCCAAUUUUGAAGAGAGUCUUCGCUCUAAGGGAGCAUUUUCCGAAUUUCAUGGGUACUAUUCGAUUUGCCUUCCUAUUUCAAACGGCCGUUCUCGUUGGAAUGGUUGCUGCCGGCACUUUCGCUGGGACCUCAAGCCUCUUUGCUGCGUAUCUUGCGGGAGUGUUAAUCUCUUGGUUUGACGAACUGUCUGUCAGACAUAUGAGUUCCACCCAUACAGAGAUAUCUAGUAAUCGUCAACCAAGCUCCGGCGUACUAACAGAGACCACAUCGCAAACUCGGUCGCAUAAUGCUGAUAUGCACAAAGCGGAUAGGACCCGGGAGUCUACGGAUCCUAGUGCUAUUGAUAAUACUACCACAGGGAGAAAAGUAUACGAAAAGUAUUACAAGGAACCUGUUGGCCGAAUCCUCAUUCCAUUCUUCUUCGCCUCUAUUGGAUUUGCGAUUCCAAUAACAGAAAUGUUCCAGGGCAGAGUUGUAUGGCGGGGACUCAUCUACGCUAUCCUCAUGAUAAUUGGAAAAAUGCUCACUGGAUUAUGGCUUGUGCGCUUAAACCUGAGUCCGAUAUCCAAUCUCAUCUCGUCAAUCAAGACACACUCCCCCUCUAUUCUCUUUCGAUGUACUACUUCUCUAUGCGGUGGUCAAGUCCAACAAAAGCCGUUGGGAACCACCGAUCAUUCUACGGUCCAAUCCCCAGUUGCCACAACACAUUCUGAGCGAAAGCAACGCCCAGACGCAAAUAAGCAAAGUGAACCUCAAAAUGACUCGUCCUCGGACCGCCAGAACCCCUCAGCAUCUGGAAGCGACCCUCAAACCCCUUCCGGUCAUCCGAACGCCAUUUCAUCCCCUCCUCGUCCUAAAUCCCUCUACCCGGCAGCUUUACUUGGGCUGGCGAUGGUGGCUCGGGGAGAAGUUGGAUAUCUCAUCGCCUCCCUCGCAGAAAGCCAAGGCAUAUUCUCAAGCGAAUCUAAUGAGGGAAUCUCUGACAUCUAUCUUGUCGUCAUAUGGGGAAUUUCGAUUUGCACGCUUGUAGGCCCAAUUUCGGUUGGAACUCUUGUCAAACGAGUAGAGAAGCUUCAGAGAUCCAGGGAGUUCUCUGGUGUGGAUCCCUUAGGAGCUUGGGGGAUCUAG